CCGAGGUACUAUUUCUGGGUUAGCAGAGUCUGUAACUUGAAGCGUAUGUAACCCGAGGUACCACUGUACUCUGCUUGGGCUCUGCUUCCUCUGACCGAUAGAGAUCGCCUGAGAGAGAUUUCUUAUACGGCCUCUAGAUACCCCAGAAGGGUAUUAGAAGUAUUAUACUUAAGACAACACCUUACCUUGGAGUGCUUACAAAGAAGGGAACGGUUUUCUUCUUCCAGGGAUCGGUUUUCUUCUUCCAGGGAUCGGUGAGCUUUGAUGAGGUGUCUGCGCAUUUCACCAACGAGGAAUGGGCCUUGCUGGAUCCGGGCCAGAAAGCUCUGCACAAGGAUCUUUUUCGCCUUAAUCAGUAGCUAGCAGAGGUGUGAAUUAUCGUUUGUGUACCAUCAGUGAGAUCACUAGAAGGCGCAUUGGUAAUUUCUCCUGGACUAAAGAACAUUUGAAGAACCUUGUUGGAUCAAAGGCCCAUGUAGUCCAGGAUUCUGUUCUCACGGUUGCCAAUGUGGGAAAGAAAGAGGACUAAUGUGUUUCUGGGUGUCAGAAGAGGAAGAAUAUGCACAGCAGUCCUUUGCAGAUUUACUCCUAAGAAGGAUGAAGGAGGCUGAUCCUGCAAAGUUAGCGAGGAUGGAAGGGGGAAGAUGGACGGUUGACCUGGUCAGGCUGUCUCCCACCACCUUUGAAUGUUCCCUCCCAGGACCCUCAGAGAGAUCUGGAGAUGUUUGGGGGAUCCAGACUGAAAGAGAAACAUCAGAAGUGCCUCAUGAAAGAGCGGAGGAGCAUAAUGCACAACGGAAACUGCGGGUUCAAGUUGGAACCUACAGAAAUGAGGGGACCCAAAUGCAGAAGGUGGGGAGGGAAUCCACCGCUUCUCAGGUUAAUGAAAAUCAGAUUUGCAGAGAGAAGCAUGAAUGUAUUGUGUGUGGAAAGAGAUUUCCUUAUCGCUCAACGCUUACUUCACAUCAAAGAGUGCACUCGGGUGAAAAACCUCAUAAAUGCUGGGAGUGUGGAAAAAGUUUUAGUCAGAGUGGCUCCCUUACUUUGCAUCAAAGAACUCAUACAGGGGAGAAACCUCAUCAGUGCUUUGAGUGCGGAAAGAGCUUCAGUAACAGUGGCUCCCUUAAUAUGCAUCAUACAACCCACACAGGGUACAAACGAAAUUACAAAUGUUUGGACUGUGGGAAGAGCUUCAGGUCCCGUGACUCCAUCAUGAAGCAUCAAAGAAUUCAUGCAGGUGAAAAACCAUACAAAUGUUUGGACUGUGGGGAGAGCUUCAGGCACAGUGACUCCCUCACGAAGCAUCAAAGAAUUCAUACAGGGGACAAACCUUAUGAGUGUUUGGAGUGUGGAAAGAGCUUCAGUCGCAAAGACUCCCUUACUUUGCAUGAAAGAAGUCACACAGGAGAAAAACCUUAUAAAUGUUUGGAAUGUGACAAGAGCUUCAUUCGUAGUAGCCACCUCUCAAGACAUAAAAGAACUCAUACAGGGGAUAAACCUUAUAGAUGCUGGGAGUGUGGAAAGAGUUUUAGUCAGAGUGGUCACUUUACUUUGCAUCAAAGAACUCAUACAGGUGAGAAACCUCAUCAGUGCUUUCAGUGCGGAAAGAGCUUCAGUAACAGUAGCUCCCUUAAUAAGCAUCAUACAACCCACACAGGGCACAAACCAUAUUACAAAUGUUUGUACUGUGGGAAGAGCUUCAGGUACAGUGACUCCCGCACGAAGCAUCACAGAAUUCAUACAGGGGACAAACCUUAUGAGUGUUUGGAAUGUGAAAAGAGCUUCAGUCGCAAAGGCUCCCUCACAAAGCAUUACAUAACUCACACAGGAGAAAAACCUUAUAAAUGUUUGGAAUGUGACAAGAGGUUCGUUAGUAGUAGCCACCUCACAAGACAUAAAAGAACUCAUACAGAUAAACCUUAUAGAUGCUGCGAGUGUGGAAAGAGCUUUAGUGACAGUAUCCGCCUCACAAGACAUAAAAAACCUUCCAAGUGUUUAGAAUGUGGAAAGAGCUUCUAUUGCAGCAGCCACCUAGCUAAACAUCAAAAAAUUCAUACAGGGGACGAAUCUUACGAAUGUUUGCAGUGUGGGAAGAGCUUUUGUCACAGUAGCUCCCUUACUCGGCAUCAAAGAACUCAUCCGAAAACAUCUUAGAAGGGGUUGGAGUGGGGAAAGAUCUUCAAUCACAUCAAGAUCUCCUACAGGAAGCAAACCAAAGAUUGUACUCAGUGUUAGAAAUGGCUUCUUUAUCUUUGUUUGGUUUUAAUCUUGCUUACCUCCCUCUGUUUAAUCAUAGGUGUUUGCUUGUUCUGAGGUCUUCUGAGCCAAGUCUUCCUCCUAAUGUCCACAGUUGAGUAGCAGGGUUUUGUAUUAGAUUUUCUUGGUGUAUUGGCUUCUCCUUCCAUCAUGGCAGUCUGAACGUAGCAAGGCGAAGAGUGGGCUUGCAUUAGACAAGGAAAGAGAUAUUGUGUAGAUGAGGCAAAAUAAAAUAUAGAGACACAAGCAG